AUGGCGCCGACCGUGGCCGGUGGGGGCGGCAUCAGCGGCCUGGCCGCCUGUUACCACCUGCUGCGAGCCCCUCGCCCGCCCAAGGUGGUGCUGCUGGAGGCCAGCGGGCGCUUUGGGGGGUGGCUGCAGAGCACCCGCACCCCCGAGGGGGCCGUCUUUGAACACGGGCCCAGGGGGGUCCGACCCCACGGCGUGGUGGGCGCCGAGACCCUGCACAUGGUGUCGGAGCUGGGGCUGGGGGGGGACGUCCUGCCCGUGCCCGGGGACCACCCGGCCUCCCGGAACCGCUUCUUGUUCUGCGGGGGGAGCCUGCACCGCCUGCCCUCGGGGCUGGGGGGUCUCGUACGGGCCGUGCCCCUCUCCCGGGCGCUGCUCUGGGCGGGGCUGCGGGACCUGCUGACCCCAGCGGGGACGGAGCCCGACGAGAGCGCCCACGGCUUCGCCCGGCGCCGCUUCGGGCCCGAGGUGGCCGAGGUGGCCGUGGACAGCCUGUGCAGGGGGGUCUUCGCCGGGGACAGCCGGACCCUCAGCGCCCGCUCCUGCUUCCCGGCCCUGUUCCGGGCUGAGAGGAGCCGCGGAUCCGUCCUGCUGGGAAUGGCCCUGGGACACGGUGAGGGGACCCCGCCUGGCCCCGACUCGGGGCUGGCCCGGCGGGCACGGGCCGAGCGCUGGAGCCAGUGGUCCCUGCGGGGGGGGAUGGAGACCCUGGCCCGGGGGCUCGUGGCCUUCCUGGCCCCCCGCGGGGUCGAGCUGCGCUGCCACAGCCCCCUGUGCCACCUGCGCCACCGCCACGGCCGCUGGCAGCUCACCCUGCCCGAUGGCACCAUCACCGCCGACCACGUCGUCAGUGCCCUCCCCGCCGCAGCCCUGGCCGAGGCGCUGCCCCCCGAGGCGGAGCCGCUGGCGCGGGAGCUCCGUGACAUCCCGGCCGCCUCCGUGGCCGUGGUCAACCUGCAGUACCAGGGGGUCUCGCUGCCCGUCACGGGGUUCGGGCACCUCGUCCCCUCCUCGGAGGACCCGGCGCUCCUGGGCAUCGUCUACGACUCGGUGGCUUUCCCGCAGCACGACGGGGCCGGGCCGCCCUCGGUGCGGCUCACGGUGAUGCUGGGAGGCGCCUGGUUCCGGCAGAGCUUCGGGGACCCGGCGGGGGCGGCCCCGGCGCUGCUGCUCCGGCGGGCACAGGAGGCCGUGCGGGACCACCUGGGGCUGGGCGGGACCCCCGCCCGCUCCAUCGUCCGGGUGCAGCAGGGCUGUAUCCCCCAGUACACGCUGGGCCACUGGCAGCGCCUUGAGCGGAUCAGGCAGUUCGUGAAGGAGCAGCAGCUCCCCCUGAGCCUCAUCGGGGCCUCCUACGCGGGGGUCUCCGUCAACGACUGCAUCGCCAGCGCCAAGGCCGCCGUGGGGGGCUCCUGGGGACACCUCCCUGAGCCCCCCCAUGCCCCCCUCAUCCGUGCCCUUUGUAGGACAAAGUGAUUCUUUUUUUAAUAAUUGCAAAAAAAAAAAAAA